AUGCAGAUAACACCAACUACCAUUAUCAGAACAGCUUCCAACUACCAAGGUCUUACAGCUGGCGCGGUCAACCAUGAGACUUAUCGAUACAAGCGGACAUUUUGUGGCUGCUUUGGUGUCUGUCCUGAGCUGGCAGCGGAACUGUGGAACAUGCUGGAUGAUGCUGAUCCAAUGAGCGAUAUCAGAUGGGUAACCUACUUUCUGGCCACACUCAUGUUCCUGAGAACUUACACUGUCACCGCUGUACUGGCCAUGAUCUUCAUGAAGGAUGAGAAGGCAAUUCGCCACUGGGUAGACCACCACAAAUACAGAGACCUCACCACGUACAUGCUACACCCCACCAUCACUGCUGCUCCAAAUCAGAUGGGUGAACAGACUGAUGAAUGA